UGGACCAUCGGCUUUUUUCGGACAUUCGGGCACACAAUGCAAGGGCACAAAGGAACUGACGCUCGGGCUCCGCGGCGCCCAUCGAUACACUGUCGCCCCAUCACUGCUGCGGAAACCGUCUCCUUGAGACACUCUGUGCUCUGGCCAAACAAGGACGUCGCGUAUGUCCUCCUGCCAGAGGACGCCAACGGCUGGCACUACGGCGCGUUCAUCACAGGCCAAAUUCCCUCUGUCGACGUCUCUGGCCUAGGGCUGCCAGUGGAAAGUAGCGACGAAAACUCCAGCGGCUCUAGCGAUCCCCUUGCGGUAAUAUCGCUUUUUGCGGAGGAAUUCCCGGCGCCCGGGCCCAGCGACAGUGCGGUGUCCAUCGAUAACGAAAAUCUGGAAACGGCAGCUGACGAGCUGGAGACUCAGCGUGGGCGUGUGCUUGUGGAAGGGAACGACAGCAAUGAUGCUGGCAGUCGGCGCUCCAUCCGGUUCCGCAAGUUUGCGUGCGACUCUGAGCAUCAGGGCCGGGGACUGGGCACGGCGCUACUUGCUCAUAUUGCUACUGUAGCGUUUUCGCAACUCUAUGGCAAUCUCCUGUGGUGCGAUGCAAGAGAGGCGACGCGCAGCUGGUACGAACGUCGAGGAUUGACGGUAUCUGGGCCGAAGUUUUACAAGGGGGAAGUCGCCUACGUGCGAAUGAAGAUGGUUCUCGAUAAGACUCGGCCGGAAUAA